CUGGCUGUGGCUCCCUCCAGCCGCGGGCCGGCCGCUCCCAUCCCGCCGGGGGGGCACCAUGCCAUCCUCCAGCGACUCCAGCCACUCGCUGACCGGCCGCAGCUCCCGCAGCCUCACGCACCUCCGCAUGCAGAGGACCUGGCUGCAGACCCUGCUGGUGCUGGGCUUCAUCCAAGUGAUCCUGGGCAUCCUCAUCGUCACUUUCAGCCUCGUGGCAGCCACUAUCACGCCUGCCCCCAAGAUCCGGCACUCCUGCCCCUACUGGGCCGGCUUCUCGCUGGCCCUGUCGGGGCUUGUUGGCGUUGUCUCCUGGAAACGGCCCGUCACGGUGGUGAUCACCUUCUUCACGCUGCUGUCUGUGCUGGGCGUCAUGCUGGGCCUGGCUGGCUCCAUCCUCUCCUGUCAGAACGCCCAGCUCGUGAAGUCCCUGGAGGCCUGUGAGCGGGAGAUGGACAUGUGCAUGUGCUGCUCGGUCCGCUCCGGCCUGCAGCACGUGCCUGGCCCCUGCAGCCGCCACCCCGACAGGCUGGUCAUGUUUGCCAACCCCGACUGCCGCAGCAUCCGCAUGGCACUGAAGGACCUGCUGUUCAGCAUCUGUGGCCUGACCAUCUUCUCCACCAUCGUGUGCACACUGUCUGCUGUCAUGUGCUGCAUCCAGAUCUUUUCCCUGGACGUUAUUCACAUGCUGGGCCUGCCACGCUCCAGCUCCGUGACCCUGGAGUGCACAUCACCCCCGGACACCUUCCUGCAGACCAUGAUGGACUUCGAGGAGUUUGUGCCCCCCGUGCCGCCACCCCCCUACUACCCACCAGAGUAUACCUGCAGCUCCGAGACGGAUGCCCAGAGCAUCACCUACAACGGCUCCAUGGACAGCCCUGUGCCCCUCUACCCCACCGACUUCCCUCCGUCCUAUGAGACUGUCAUGGGGCUCCGGGGAGACAGUCAGGCCACGCUGUUCGACUCGCAGCUGACGGACACCUCGCAUGUCUGCACCUGUGACCGCGUCCCCUCCAUCGUGCUCAGUGGAGAAGUAUCCAUGGACAGUGGGUCCCUGAUUAUGUCUGAGAUCAUGGACAUCCCCGGUGACAGCAGCCCCUCGGAGGACUCGUGCCUGCUGGAGCUGCAGGGUUCGGUGCGCUCCAUGGACUACGUGCUGUUCCGUUCCAUCCAGCGCAGCCGUGCUGACUACUGCCUUAGCGUGGACUGCAUGCAGUGCAGCCACCACCCUGGCAGCCCCACGCUGGGCCUGCAGGGCCCCUUCGAGGAGCCAUCCCGGCCUCGCGUGCGCGGCGAGCGCUCCUACUCCUGCUCCACGCCCGACGCCGUGCUCGAGGGCCGCCUGGCCGGGGGCGCCGUGGCCCACAGCUGCAACCGGCUGGAGGGGCUGUCGCGCUGUGCAGGGCCCUGCUUCCCCGAGGUGCGGCUCAAGGGCAGGAGCGUGCCACCGGGGUGCCGGGACAGCAGGCGCCUGGCCCGGCAACGACGCAGCAGUGAGGCCUCCUGCCUGGCAUCUCCAGCACAGGGCCUGGGCCAGCGUCCCCUUGUGCGGUCGCACAGUGACCCUGGCAUCGUUGCUGCUGGCGACCCAGGUGACUUCAGGGAACUGCUUUAUACCAAAGCACUGGAGGACAACGUGUCCAACUCCUCUGCAGAUACAGGGCUGUGCUCAGAAGCCUGUCUGCUCCGUGCCUCACGCUGGGACUCGCCCCCGCUCCUCCGGGCCAGCUCUGCUGGGAAGAACCGGCUGCCGGUGCCCAAGAAGGUGACGCAGAGGCUUUCGAAGGCAGGGACGCGCUCCCUGGGGGACCUGAAGGUUUGCCGCAGCACCCGUGGGCUGGUGGCCAGGUUCCUGCAGAGGUCCAAGCGCAACCUGGCACCAGGCAUGGACGUGGCUGGACACAGCUCCCAGGGCCACAAGCAGGUUCCCCGGAGCCCAUGGCCGGUAGCUGAGCACCAGCCUCUGGAAGGGAUCCACCUGCAGAGCUGCGGGGACCUGAGCUCUACCUCCUCGCUGCGCCGCCUCCUGUCUGCCCGCCGGCUGGAGCGCAGCCGACCGCACAGCCUUAGCGGGGCCUACAAGGAGAGCAUCCUCUGAGGGACCCAGUCCGAGCCCCCAGGCUGGCCAGGAGGCUCCAUCAGCAGCUGGAUCUCUGCCUGGGCAAUUCAGCGCCUGGACUGGCCUUUCCUGGGGCACUGGCACCAGGCCUGGGGACAGGGCUGGCUCCUCCCCGGCACAUGCCCACCCCCACUGGGUAGCAGUGGAAGGGGACAGGCACACCUCCAAGGCCAGGGCUCCUGGUUCCUCGUGCCUGGCUGUUUACCUCCAGGGCCCAAGACGGCAACUCCCUGCAAGGGUAGCGGACGGGGAGAGGUGCUGCACCCUCUUGCUGGGCACGCGUGGCUCCCAGGGGCCGUGGUCGGAGCAGCCGUGUACCCAUGAGGGCUGCUGUGUUUCGCGAGUACCCGUGUGCAGGGGCUGAGCUGGGUGCCCCCUGCACCAUGGGCUCUGCUGGCCCAGAUCUGAUGUGGUCCUAGGUGCGAUCGCAUGUGCACGCUGCACUGGGGCCUCGCAGCAGUUCACCCAGUGCCCGAGCGGGGUCGCAUCCCUGCCCAGCCCCUGCUCUGCUCCUGUGCUAUGCAACCCCCACCACAGAGCAGGCGGCCCAGGACCCUGCCCCUGGAGUUCGCCUCUCCCUAUUGCUGCUCGGGCCUAGCCUGCAGCUCCGGGCCGGGAGGAGGGUGGUGCCCGGCCGCAGCCCCGCAGGGCCGGGGCUCUGGGGAGCACGGCCAGCUCCCUGCCGGCACCGCAGGGCCGGGCCCGCUCCUGUGCACAGACCCGAGCCCCGGGCCCCGGGCCCCCUCCUCCUCGUGCGCCGGCAGCUUUUCUACCUCCCCCGCCCCAGCGAUGCCUUUGCUCUGCAUGCCCCGUGCGCUCUCCCUGCCUCGGCGGGCGGGUGCACUUUUUUACUGGGGGAGCAUGCGGGGGCCUCUCGGAGCUGCACUGACGCCUGCGGGAAACCAAAUAAAGUUGUAGCCAGACCGAG